AUGAUAGAUUUGGGUAAUGCAGACGGUGCUCUGGAUGUCCUUAAGAGAGCUCUGGCUAUGAAGGAGAAGAUACUGGGAGAAUACCACGAACAGACAGCAGUCACAAUAAAUGAUUUAGCUCGUGCCAUAUCUGCACAGGGAGACCACGAAGAGGCCCUUAGUACAUACCAGAGAGCUCUUCGUAUACUUGAACAAGUGCUGGGUGGAAGUCUCCUUACAACUUUAGUUCUGCAUAAUAUGGGUCAUGAAAUGCUAGAAUUGGACAAUGCAGACGACGCUGUGGAAGUAUUCAGGAGAGCUCUGGCCAUGGAGGAGAAGAUACUCGGAGAAUAUCACGAAAGCACAGCAUUCACAAUACAUGAAUUAGCUCGUGCCAUAUCUGCACAGGGAAAACACACAGAGGCCCUUAGUACAUACCAGAGAGCUCUUCGUAUAAGGGAGCAAGUGCUGGGUGAAAGUCAAAGUACAGCAAGUACACUGCAUUGCAUGGGUGUGGAAAUGAUGAAGAUGGGCAAUGCAGACGGUGCUGUGGAUGUCCUGAGGAGAGCUCUAGCUAUGAAGGAGAAAAUACUGGGAGAAUAUCACGAACAGACAGCAGUCACAAUACAUGAAUUAGCUCGUGCCAUAUCUGCACAGGGAAACCACGAAGAGGCUCUUAGUACGUACCGGAGAGCUCUUCGUAUACAGGAGCAAGUGCUGGGUGAAAGCCAAAGUACAGCAGAUACACUGCAUUGCAUGGGUCAGGAAAUGAUGAAGAUGGGCAAUGCAGACGGUGCUGUGGAUGUCCUGAGGAGAGCUCUAGCUAUGAAGGAGAAAAUACUGGGAGAAUAUCACGAACAGACAGCAGUCACAAUACAUGAAUUAGCUUGUGCCAUAUCUGCACAGGGAAACCACGCAGAGGCUCUUAAUACGUAUCAGAGAGCUCUUCGUAUAAGGGAGCAAGUGCUGGGUGAAAGUCAAAGUACAGCCACUACACUGCAUUGCAUGGGUCAGGAAAUGAUGGAGAUGGGCAAUGCAGACGGCGCUGUGGAUGUCCUUAGAAGAGCUCUGGCUAUGGAGGAGAAGAUACUGGGAGAAUAUCACGAACAGACAGCAGUCACAAUACAUGAAUUAGCUCGUGCCAUAUCUGCACAGGGAAACCACGAAGAGGCUCUUAGUACGUACCGGAGAGCUCUUCGUAUACAGGAGCAAGUUCUGGGUGAAAGCCAAAGUACAGCAAGUACACUGCAUUGCAUGGGUCAGGAAAUGAUGGAGAUGGGCAAUGCAGACGGUGCUGUGGAUGUCCUGAGGAGAGCUCUAGCUAUGAAGGAGAAAAUACUGGGAGAAUAUCACGAACAGACAGCAACCACAAUACAUGAAUUAGCUCGUGCCAUAUCUGCACAGGGAAACCACGAAGAGGCUCUUAGUACGUGCCGGAGAGCUUUUCGUAUAAGGGAGCAAGUGCUGGGUGAAAGCCAAAGUACAGCAAGUACACUGCAUUGCAUGGGUCAGGAAAUGAUGGGGAUGGGCAAUGCAGACGGUGCUGUGGAUGUCCUUAGAAGAGCUCUGGCUAUGGAGGAGAAGAUACUGGGAGAAUAUCACGAACAUACAGCAGUCACAAUACAUGACUUAGCUGGUGCCAUAUCUGCACAGGGAAACCACGCAGAGGCUCUUAGUACGUACCGGAGAGCUCUUCGUAUACAGGAGCAAGUGCUGGGUGAAAGCCAAAGUACUGCCUCUACACUUCAUUGCAUGGGUCAGGAAAUGAUGUUGAUGGGCAAUGCAGAUGGUGCUGUGGAUGUCCUGAGGAGAGCUCUGGCUAUGGAGGAGAAAAAACUAGGCGAAUAUCACAAACAGACAGCAGCCACAUGUACAUGA